UUCUCCCCUUUUGGUCAAUUCCAUCACGUCAAAACACCUCCACCCUAAUUUCCAUGCCCCAAUAAUCAAAUAGUCAAACCUCACCUCCAUCAAUCCAUUCUCAAUGGCCAAACGUACCCUACCCCUCCUCAAGCGCCUCCUCAGAUCCAAUCUCCAUUCCUUAACACCCACCCGAUCCGUCACCUACAUGCCCCGACCCGGCGACGGUACCCCACGCGCCGUAACGCUAAUCCCCGGUGACGGAAUCGGACCUCUGGUAACAGGCGCAGUCGAACAAGUAAUGGACGCAAUGCACGCGCCUAUAUACUUCGAGCGGUACGAAGUACACGGAGACAUGAAAAGUGUGCCACCGGAAGUAAUGGAAUCGAUAAGGAAGAAUAAGGUUUGUUUAAAAGGAGGAUUGAGGACACCUGUUGGUGGUGGUGUUAGUUCUCUUAAUAUGCAAUUAAGGAAAGAGCUUGAUCUGUAUGCUUCCCUUGUUCAUUGUUUCAAUUUGAAAGGAUUACCUACGCGCCAUGAGAAUGUGGAUAUUGUUGUGAUUAGAGAGAAUACUGAGGGGGAAUAUUCGGGAUUGGAACAUGAGGUUGUUCCCGGUGUCGUUGAGAGCUUGAAGGUGAUGACAAAGUUCUGCUCAGAAAGAAUUGCUAAAUAUGCCUUUGAAUAUGCAUACCUCAACAAUCGCAAGGUAGUGUCUGCUGUGCACAAAGCAAACAUCAUGAAACUUGCAGAUGGUUUAUUUUUAGAGUCUUGUCGUGAGGUUGCGAGCAAAUACCCUGGGAUCAAGUACAAUGAGAUCAUUGUGGACAACUGUUGCAUGCAACUUGUAUCAAAACCUGAGCAAUUUGAUGUUAUGGUCACCCCUAAUCUGUACGGAAAUCUGGUGGCAAAUACAGCAGCUGGUAUUGCUGGAGGCACAGGUGUUAUGCCAGGAGGCAAUGUGGGGGCUGACCAUGCUGUGUUUGAGCAAGGUGCUUCAGCAGGAAAUGUAGGAAAUGAGAAGAUACUACAGCAAAAGAAGGCAAAUCCAGUUGCCUUGUUUCUUUCAUCAGCCAUGAUGUUGAGACAUCUGCAGUUUCCUUCAUUUGCAGAUAGACUAGAGACUGCAGUGAAGCGUGUAAUUGCAUCAGGUCAAUACAUGACCAAAGAUCUUGGUGGAAAUUGCACCACCCAAGAAAUCACUGAUGCUGUCCUUGCAAAUUUGGACUAACUUCAAAAUCACUUCUCAUCUCUUCCGUUCUCGAGAUGAUCAUGUUUUUAAUUCAUCAUUCUUGUGAUGACUUUGAUUGUUCAGCGUGCCUUUCAGGGGCAUAUUCCACAAAAUAAUGUGAAUCUCCCAAGUGGAAAUAUUACAGCAAGAAACAGAAAUUUCCAAGCUUAUAGUCGUUUAUUUCUUAUAAUAACGUGUAUUUGUUAACGAAGGUUAAUAAAUUUGAGGUACCAAAUUUUGAACUUGA